AUUAAAAAUAAGUAUAAGCCUUAGAAGAAGACAGGUUCCCCAGUUAACCUGGAACACCGGGGCGACAGGAUGGGUGUAGCAGAUUUAAAGUUUGAUACCGAUGCCGGACCUGUGGUGGAUCUGUCUGCCCAGGGGAUGCAGAAGCUGGAUCCCAGUUUCACCUCUGACGACACACACACUCUCGUCCUGGACCGGAACCACAUCAUGAAGCUGGACUAUCUGGAGCGGAGCCCGGGCCUUCAGCAGCUGUCGGUGGCAGAAAACCGUCUGGUGAGAAUGAUGGGCGUGUCUCGGCUGACAGAGCUGAGAGUCCUCAAUCUCCCCAACAACAGUAUUGGGUAUAUUGAAGGGCUAAGAGAUCUGCCCCACCUCCAGUGGCUCAACCUGUCUGGAAACAAUAUUAAGGUCAUUGAACAACUCACCAACUGUGUUUCCCUGCAACACCUGGAUCUGUCUGACAAUAACAUAUCAACCAUCGGUGAUAUCACGAAACUGGUGGCAUUAAAGACACUUUUACUCCACGGAAAUAGCAUCACAACACUUCGCACUGUUCCUGCCCACCUGCCUGCCCGUUUAUCCAUUCUCUCCCUGGCAGAGAACGAGAUAAGAGAUCUCAAUGAGGUGUCAUACCUGUCACCGCUGCAUGACCUGGAGCAGCUGUCUAUAAUGAGCAACCCUUGUGUUAUGGCAACCCCGUCAUUGCCAGAGUUUGACUAUCGGCCUUAUAUCAUGAGCUGGUGCCUGAACCUAAAGGUCCUGGACGGCUACGUGGUGUCACAAAAAGAAGGUCUUAAAGCGGAGUGGCUGUACAGUCAAGGGAAAGGACGCUUGUUUCGACCGGGUCAGCACGUGCAGCUCGUUCAGUACCUCACCACCGUUUGCCCUCUGACCUCAUCGCCAGCCUUGGAGACGGCAGAAGACGCCAAGCUGGAGAAGAUCCUCAAUAAGCAGAGGUUUCACCAAAGGCAGCUGUUGGAGGAGACGCAGGGGAGCGGUCACAGUCCCCCUCGUCCGACUCAUCUUGACGUGGAGAUGCACUGUUCUCCGGUUGCCACACCACCGGAGGGAGCCAGAGAGGUGAAGAAAAACACUGCUGCCGGACCAGAUGUUGCUCCAUCAGUCUCAGAGUCAGAGCCAGUUGUGCAGGUCAACACUUGGGUGAGCGGGGACUCUUCCCACCCGUCACUGCCAACAGUUCGCUGCGCAAAGCUCAGAGAGGAGCACUUGUCUUUGGAGGAUGUUCACACAGAUGAGGAUAAACUCAAUGGCAGCAUGCUUUCCUCAGACUCCACUUAUCUCCCCUUCAUGUCUGACGUGGAGUCACUAACGAUCCAGUCCGACAGCGAGGACGAGACAGAGACAUUCGAGCCGGACUCCUUGGCCCCGAAGCGUCCAGCUCAGCCCAAAAAGCACAAGACAAACGAGAAACAGAAUUCGCCUCCGGUUGAUACGCCGGGGAGGAAGACUCACGAAGAAGAGGUUAUCUCUGUUGAGGCUGCAACAGUUCUCUCACCAGGGGUCAGAGUUAGCGUAGCACAAAAUGACCUGGAAACACCCUCUGAUCGUGUUAAAGUGGAGAUGAAGGAAGCCCCCAAGCAGGAAGACGCUGGUAUGUGUGCCAGCAAAUCCAGUUCGAUGGGAGCCGAGAGGGCGGCAGUGAGAAUACAGUCCUGGUGGAGGGGACAUUACACUCGAAGCUGUCACCACGUGGCCCGAGAGGUGCGCAGCGAAAUCCGCCUGUACAGGAUGCAAGAGCACAUCCUGUUCCUGUCUGAGAAGCUGGACAGUGCGCAGAAGCAGUAUGAGGAAGAGAGACUACAAAGGCUUGUUCAGGAGGAGGCUGUGAAGUUUCUGUGGAAAGAGCUCCAGUCUAUGCAGCAGUGGAAGACGUCUGUGGAGCAGCGGCUGGCUGACAUCUCUCAGGCUGCCACCCUGAAUCAGACCUCAUCUCCUGGACUGUGUAAGGCGGCGACCCCAGUGGCCUCCAGCACAACGAAGCCGCCCAGCACAGACGUCUCCUUCCCAGACUCUGGCUUCCAGUCGACGAGCAAUCAGCAGGCCAUGCUGGAGGACAGCUUCCUGAGCAGCGGGACAGAAGACUCCCUGAAGACGGUGCGUGCACUGAGUCCCGUUCCGAGCGGCUUCGCUGGUGUGGACAGCGCAGACUGCAGCCUGCUGGAGCAGUACCUCUCCUCUGUGCAGCAGAGAGCGGAGGAGGCGGAGGAGGUGGAGGAGGUGAUCAGUGAUAGAACAGCAAAAUCACAGCCUUCAUCGCCAGUCUCACCCGGUAAAACAGCACAGUCCCACUCCACCCAGCAGAGGGCAGUAGAAGCACAAAGAACGGAGGGAACGUCUGUCUGACAGUCAACACCUUUACAGAACUCCUGAGUCUGUGUAAAUAGACACUGAGUGACCUGCACUCAUCUUGAUAGCUGACCCAGUUUUCAAGCAACUGCGCCCCCGAGUCUGAACCCAGCUCAGGCUUGAAAACUAGUACUUUACUGUGAAUGUAACCCGAGUUUUAUACUUAAUACUCUUAUUUAAGCGACACUUUCCUCUUUGUGUGAAGACAAUGAUUGUGAGGUAGCUUCAGAAGUAGCUUGAAAUCAGUUUUUUAGUCAUCUACAGUCAGAAGGUUUCUUCCUCUUUGUAUGAAAAGACCAGGCACAUUCACUUUGUCCAUAUCCACUGAAUUAUUAAUAAACUGCAAUAAAUAAGAAAAGAUGCUGAUGUUUUAAACGUAGCACACAUCCGACCACAUUUGUAUUUAUACCUGAGCAUUGACAUGCAUACUAUAUAUCAAGUAACAGUUUCAAUAGUUAAACUGACCUAUGAAAAAAAUGUAAAUAAAUAUGCAAUUAGAAUUUAGGUUUCAUAUUAUUUUGAAAUAAAUUAAAACAUACAGCUGCAGUCAACAUUUACUUUAUGAACAAUUCAUUUGAAAAUUGUUCAGAGAAUCCUUUGGUGUGCAAAGCUAAAAUUAAAAAGAAUUUUAAAGUAGAAACCAUAGCACACAGAUUAAUAAAUAGCUGUAAAUUUAUAAUGAUAAACAGUAGAGUAAGCAGCACCAUCCAUCAUUAAUGACGUUGAUUGUAGCUGUGACAAGUCAACUGUCCUGUAAAGAAAGUGUAUUGCUAAAAAGAUUCAUUUUUUCAAGAGUAAUUUAUUAGUUGACAAAAUCAGUCUUUUCACCUCUAUUAACCACAACACUUGGUACAGUAAUACCGGAAAUGACUGGUAUGUCCAAAUUGAUAUUCUCUGAUUCCUUCCAGAGACCUCAGACUUGCUCAAUAAUCUUCUGAAAAAGGAUUGAAAUCUGUUUUAUUAAGUGCUGAUUAACAUUUACAACUCUACUAUAACCAUUUAUCAACUUAUACAGAGUUUGACCAGGUGAAAUGUUAAUGAUAAGAGGUGUUUUAUUAUAUUUAUAUGUAAAGACUUUCCCAUUC